GUCUCUUCCUCUCUUUCGUCAUCUCUCUAUCUCUUCAUUCGCUAUCUGACUCAUUCUCUCUCUCUCUCUCUCUCUCUCUACCUGAACAAUUUGAAUCGAGGUAAUAACUGCCAGAAAAACAUGUCUAUUCCUGCUGCUUCUCCUCUCUCCUCCGCCUCAUAUGCCAUCGUUCUCUCCUUCACUUUUACUUUCUCUCUCCGUUUCUCUCUCUGUUCACUUGUUUCUUCUUGUCCCUGGUUUGCCAUUGAUUUCAUUUGAAGAAGGCGAGAUAGACAGAGAACUCCCUUCAUUUCACUGCUCAGUGGGUUAGUUGGUUAGCUAAUCAGUUGGUUAGUUUGUUAGUUAGUUAGUUGUGGGAGCAGUGUUGUUGUAGGCGAGCUGGAGAAGCGGCAGCAGCUCUAGUGUCACAGGAGGAUUCACACCUAACUGGCCUGAAUCACAUAAAAACAGAACACCAAUAACUGCCCGCUGAUGUGACGUACACCUGAAACUGACUCAAACAGCUCAAACACACCGUCAACAUGUCGGCAGUGCACUCAGCCCCGCCUCCUGCCGAGGAGCCGACCACACCCCCUCCGAUGACCACACCCCCUCGCAAAGCCUCCGUCCGCCUGCAGGAGAGACGGGGCUCUAAUCUGUCGCUGCUGUUGGACGUGAGCAGACUGGGGGCGGAGCCUGUCUGCUCCGUCUCCACCCCGAAGGAGGUGUGGCUCCAGCUGCUUCACACCUCCUCGCGGCCGCUCACGCACACACUGCUGCGGCGAGCCGCUGAGGACACGAACUCGCUGAAUGUCGAGUACCAGAAGAUCCCUCCAAACUUUGUGAGCGCGGCAGAGCUCGACGUUCCAGGACACACGAUGAAAGACAGAUACAAGACCAUCCUACCCAAUCCCGAGAGUCGGGUGAUUCUGAGGAGCCCAGAGGACGAGGCAGGACCAGACCGAUACAUCAACGCCAACUUCGUCAGGGGUUACAAAGGGGCCCAGAGGGCCUACAUCGCCACCCAGGGCCCGAUGGUGCACACUGUGGGGGACUUCUGGGAUAUGGUGUGGCAGGAGGGGAGCAGCAUUAUCGUCAUGGUUACCAGACUCAAGGAGAACAACGAGAAAUGUGAGCAGUACUGGCCACAGCCGGGAGGGGCGACGGCAAGAGUGAGGGAGGAGGAGGAAGAGGGCAAAAAGGAGCAGAGGGACGAAGAGGAGGAGGAAGAAGAUGAGACGAGUCGAUUCGGUAGAUUCGUCCUCAGAGUGAGAGACAGCAGAGAAAAAGGCGGGUUCACGGUCACCGACAUGGAGAUCCAGCUGUCUUCGGAGCGGCGUCCCGUCAGACACUACUGGUUCACCUCUUGGCCCGACCACCACAUCCCACAAUGCACCACUCCUCUGCUGAGGCUGGUGGAGGAGGUGGAGACGUACAGCAGGUCGCUCCUACCACCCGGCUCUCAGCCGAGCACAGACCCCUGCCCGGGCCGCGGCCCUGGACCGAUCGUCGUCCACUGCAGUGCAGGUAUAGGCAGGACAGGUUGUUUUAUAGCCAGCAGUAUUGGUUGUCAGCAGCUCAGAGAAACGGGUCAGGUUGACGUCCUGGAGACAGUUUGUCAACUCCGACUCGACAGAGGUGGGAUGAUCCAAACCACAGAGCAGUACCAGUUCCUGUACUCCACUCUGGCUCAGUACAGCUCCCAGCAACAACAUGACCAGGAACAGAAUCAGAACCAGCCCAUCACACUGCCACAGAACCAGCAGAACCCAGAGGACCGAAUCAGCACACAGCUACAGAACCUCCAGCUGGACAACACACAGAACCAGAUGAACUGAUACCAUACAGAACCUCUACACACCUAAUGAAACCCAGGAUGACCUCAGAACCAAUAGAGCCAAAACAGUGGAAACAAGAAGAGAUGACGCCAGCAGCAGAACCCAAAACCUGAUGCAGUUACGGAUCGAGAGUUGGAGAACCAGCAGAACCACAAGUGUCAUGAUCUCACAGGAACCAGACAACAACUAAAGAGUUUCACCUGACUCAAUGUUAGACUGAACAUUAAAUUAAAUCAAAAUAAAGAAAUAUUAUUUGACACGAUCAAGGUGUUUUUAAAGAUAUUUGAAGAAUUUGACUUCAAACAGGAUUUCAACAGAAAGCCGAAGUGAAGCCUGAACCUCCAGGUUCUGCUCCAAUCUCUAGAUCCAAGUCUUCUCCAAUGCAACGUGAUAUUUAUUUUGUAAAUCGUGGUCACAUUUAGAAUAAAAUUCUACAAUACAG